AGGUACCCAGACGCCAAGUUUUGCAAGGAGGGAGAAUUUCAGGAUAAGGCAGCAGAGCAUAGGAGAGGAAAGCCACAGCAUUCCCACAUAUCAACGGCUAAUUCUCGUCGCAAAUUGCAUUUCAGAUUCUCGCAUCCUCUCUGCACUUCUUGAAGAGAAGAAAAUGCUGGCAGAAUCUGCAUUUCUAAGUAGAGCAGCUUCUAUUUGCUUAAAGUGGCAAUCUUCGACAAGAAACACCAAUAAAUCCCAUGCUAAGCUCCUUGUAUACUCGAGAAUUCGCCCUUCUCAUUCCAUGGAUGACGAGAACGAGGUCUACAAACAACUGGGUUUCUUUUCAUUGAAAAAGAAGAUUGAAGAUGCUGUUCUCCGAGCUGAGAUGUCAGCACCAACAGCACUAGAGCUGGAGGAAGUGAGACGGAUCAAGCAGGAAGAAAUAAUGCGUGGCUGCAACCUCUGGGAUGACCCUGCUAAAUCCAAUGAAAUUCUUGGCAGAUUUGCUGAUAGUGCUAAGGCAAUUGAUGCCCUCAAAGACCUAAAAUAUAAGGUUGAAGAGGCAAAACUGAUCUCACAGUUGGCAGAGGUGGAAGGCAUCAAUUAUCAACUUUUUAAGCAAGCAUAUAGCGCAUCUUUAGAUGUGAACAAAUUCUUGGAUCAGUAUGAGAUGGUGAAGCUUCUUAAGGGGCCAUAUGAUGCAGAGGGAGCAUGUGUAAUCAUUAAAGCUGGACCCGGAGGCCUUAAUGCUGAGAAAUGGGCAGAAGAUCUUCUGAACAUGUAUAUCAAAUGGGCCAAAAAGCUGGGCUACAAAAGCAGGCUAGUUGAGAAUCAUCCUUCUGUGACUGGAUAUGGCGGUAUCCAGAUGGUAACUAUUGAGUUUGAAUUUGAGCAUGCAUAUGGCUAUCUCUCAGGAGAGAGAGGCAUUCAUCACAUGAUAAAUUCUCAAAAUGGGUCUGUUGCUGUUCAGUAUGAGAAUAGCUCAGCAUGUGUGGAUGUUGUUCCUCUUUUUCUUGGAACGUUUUCUAACCUUCAAAUCAAUGAUAAGGAUUUGGUUAUAACAUCCUCAUUGCUUAAAGAGGAAAGAAACCGAAUGAAACCGACAAUUUGCAUUCAGCAUAUACCUACUGGCAUCAGUGUCCAGUCCUCAAGUGAAAGGAGCCAUUUUGCAAAUAAGAUAAAGGCCCUUAACCGUUUGAAGGCUAAGCUCCUUGUGAUUGCAGAGGAGCAAAAGAUUUCUGAUAUAAGUAGCAUCAAUAAAGACACCUUUGUGGAUAUUUGCCAUAAAGAGACACGGAAGUACGUGUCUCACCCUUACAAACUAGUGCAAGAUGUAAAAACUGGCAUCAAACUGCCAGACCUAAAAUCUAUUUUGGAUGGAAAUAUUGAACCUCUUGUUGAAGCUCAUAUUAAAAUCAGACAUACAGAAUAAGAUAAUAUUGAUUUCAUAUA